AUGUCGUCCAAGUCCCCCGAAAGCUCCAAGAGUGCCGUCAAGCGGAACGCCGACGAGUCUGGCAGUGAGACGGACUCCAAGCGGAACAAAUCUGACGAGAGGGAAGUCAAUGUCGAUCCGAUUCAUGAUACUGCGUUCGGUCUCUGCCUCCAAGCCCGCACGUUCCUCGUCGGACCCAAGGCUGAGCCCUUCGUCAUCCACAGGAACCUGCUCCGCCAGCGAUGCGGCAAGUAUUGGGAGUCGCUGCACGAAGCCGUCAAGAACAACCCCUCGCUGAUGAAACACUACUCUCAUCGACUCCCCGAGGAAGACCCUCGCACCUUCGCCAUGUUCGUCGCCUGGCUCUACACGGGCGAGAUCCCACCGUCGCCCGACGACGAAGAUGGCUGGAACAUCCCGCCUCAGCUUCGUCUGGUCUCUGGCCAGGCUUCGGAGUAUGAACGUUGGUAUGAUGAAGAUCUAGUCGAUCUUUGGGUCUUCGCCGCCACGAACCAGAUCUACGACCUCUCCAACGCCGCCGUCUCCAGCCUGGCGAUGCAGAAUGGCCAGUACACCCGCACGACGACAAGAGCAGCUCUGGCCACGGCGUUCGAGUAUACCGGCCGGGCGACGGGGUUACAGAAGUACCUGAUCGACGAAGCGCUCUACCGUCUGGACACAUCUGCAGUCCCGAAGAGCACCUCGCAUUAUCCCGUCGAGUACGUCUCGAGGAUUCUGGAGGAGGUCAUGUCCCGCAAGACGGGCGGUGGCAAGGUCGCCAAGCCUCGAUGGCAGAAGAAGCCGUGUUUGUAUCACAAUCAUGCGGAUAGUGCGAGUGUUAAGCGGAAGUGUAGGAAUUUCUGGCUGGGGUCGCCGAGUCCGAGGUAUGAUGAGGAGAUUUAUGAUCUCUUGGAGGAUACCGUCACACUGAUCGUCGGCGCCUCCAAGAUCCCUUUCGUCGUCCACAGGGGUCUUUUGUGCAAGUACUCGCCGUUCUUCCACGGUCUGUUUCACGGCAACUUCAAGGAAGCAAAUAGAGGUCGAGUCGAACUGGACACGGACAAUGUACGAGACUUCAUAUUGUUCCUAUCUUGGCUGUACUCGGAGAAGGUACAGACCCCUUCUCCCAAGGUCAAUCUUCUCAUCGAAAGGUACUUGUCAGCCCAGGACCGAAGCCUGACGCUCUGGACUGCUCCGCCGUCCAGUGAUGAUUCUGGUUUCGAAGACAUGGGCGAUGCAGAUGCCGAGCACGAAGUCGAGGAUGAGGAUACCGCGAUGGAUGCACCAAACUCGUCCGCGACGACUGUUAUCGCCGAGGUUGUUGUCAAUGGCAAGCAGGUCAUUGCUUUGCCUGAGAUUCCAGACGACCACGACGCCGCCAUCGACGACGCUACCCGCAUGCACCAAAUUCAACAAGACCUGAUCUCCCUUUUUAUCUUCGCUGAGCACCGUAAUGUCCCCCACCUUCGCAAUGAUAUCAUGAACCGUAUCGUCGAGCUCCGCAGCAAGCGCUGGCCACUGCUCACAAUCGACCCAGCUGUCAUCCACAGAUGCUACAGCUCGCUGGAGGAGAACUCUGACCUCUGCACCUAUCUCGAAGAAGAGGCCGCCUUUUGCUGGAACUCCAACGACCACGCUUGGUUGCUCGAUGGUGCUGUUAAUCUGCCGCCGGCGUUUUUGGGGAAUGUGUUGGGUGAAAUCUUUCGCGAGAGGUUGGAUACUGAUGAGGAGAGGCGUCCUUCGUGGUGUGCGGAUGUUUGUUAUUUUCAUUUUCAUGUGGAUGACGAGGAGGAGAUGAAGUGUCGUCGGGGUCUGAAGAAGUGGCAGGAGGAGUUGAGCAUGUCGGAUUAUGCUGCGGUUGAUGCGCCGGAGUUGGAGUGGUGA